AUGAACACUCGAAAAGUGUCAUUACACAUCCUGUUUUUAUUUCCUUUACUACAUUUGAUCGAUUCUUUGGACACCCUUGGCCCAAAUGAUACCAUGAAAUAUGGUGAUGUCUUAAUCUCCCAAGGAAGAAAAUUUGCUCUCGGUUUCUUCGGACCUGGUAAUUCAAGCUUGCGUUACGUGGGGAUUUGGUACUAUGGACUACCAGAGCAAACCGUCGUUUGGGUUGCUAACAGAGAAAAUCCCGUGAAUGAUACUUCAGGAGUUGUUGCAUUUGAUCAUUAUGGAAACUUAGUGAUCCGUGAAAACAAUAGGAGCUUUCCCAUUUUGUCAGUCAAUGUUUCCUCCAUGACUUUAAAUAAUUCUACAAGUGCUCAGCUUUUGGAUUCAGGUAAUCUGGUUUUAAUUCAUGAUUUGAGCAAAGUGGUUAUUUGGCAGAGCUUUGAUUAUCCCACGGAUACCUUUCUUCCGUCCAUGAAGCUUGGGUUGGACCGGAGAACCGGUUUGAACUGGUUCCUGACAUCUUGGAAAUCCGAAGAUGAUCCAGCACCAGGCAGUUAUUCAUGCAGGUUUGAACCAAUAGGGUACCCGCAGUUGUUCCUUUACCAGGAUCGAGCUUCGUAUUGGCGGAGCGGACCAAUAAUUGAGAAAUUGCAAGGUGGCAAUCCCUCGAUGCCUAAUACUACCACAAUUGUGAGGAACACAAUGGAGGUUUCUCUGAUGUAUGGCAUAUCGAUUAUCUCUAGGUAUGUGGUGCAGGAGUCAGGGUCACUUAAACACUUCGUUUGGCACGGUGAACAGCAGCAGUGGACUGAGGUUUUUUCCCAUCCAAAGGAGCAGUGUGACUACUUCAGCAAGUGUGGGCCUAAUGGCAUCUGUGGUGCAAACAAUGCAGACCAGUUUGACCGCACAUGCCUGCCCGGCUUAGAGCCAAAGUCUCCAGGCCAUUGGUACCUAAGGGACGGAACAGGCGGCUGCAAGAGGAGGCAAGGUGUGUCAAUGUGUCAACGCGGGGAAGGUUUUGUGAAAGUGAAACAGCUGAAGCUGCCGGACACUUCAACAGCAGCUGUCGACAUGAGCCUGAGCUUGAAGGAGUGUGAGCAGGAAUGCUUGAGGAAUUGCAUUUGCACAGCUUAUUCAAGUGCAAAUGAAAGUAUAGGGGAAAAUGGAUGUCUCAAAUGGUACGGAGAUUUGGCGGAUACAAGAGCAUUUUCAGACUCGGGUCAAGAUUUAUAUCUGCGGGUGGAUGAAAUUGACUUAGGUACUCAUUGCUAA